GUUCCGGAAGCUUACGCUCGUCGUUAAACCUCUUGUUUCGAAGUCACCGAAGUCAACCUCUAAUAAACUGUGUGACAUUUAUCUUACAAAUAGUAAAAGUGAUCUAGGAUCAUAUUACAUAAAAAAUGGACUCUUCUGAGCAUGGUUCUUCAAUGACAUAUACAGGUGUAGCCAGCGGAGGAACUCUGCCUCCAGGCCUGACAGAGGAAGAGGCAGAAGAACUGCAGCUGGAACUUACCAAGGUAGAGGAUGAGAUUCAGACACUAAGACAGGUUCUUACAGCAAAGGAGAGGCAUGCCGCAGAGCUGAAACGCAGGCUUGGCCUCAGUCCCCUCUCUGAACUCAAACAGAACAUUACCAAGGGCUGGCACGAAGUCCAGUGCUCCAAUGCAUAUCUAACAGCCUCGGCCACACUGGAGGAAAUUAGCCGCUCUACUGUGUAUAAGAGGACUCAGGAGACUCUGUCUCAGGCUGGACAGAUGACAUCAACUGCAUUCUCAACAAUGGGCUCUGCAAUCAGAAACAGACUGGGAGAGAUGAAGGCUCUGCCAUACUCUAACUCUGGUAGCAACUUUUCCAUGCAUCACUCUUUAAGUAUGCCAGCAAUGAGGAACUCGCCAAGCUUUAAAUCCUUCGAGGACAAGGUGGAGAACAUGAAGUACAAAGUAAUGGGACGAUCGAAUGGUGAGAGUGACCAAUCGACAACCAGCAACAAUGCACCCUUCUGAGCAGGAAGUGCAACCUCAUGACCAAGAACUGACAUCUGUGACCCAUUUAACCCCUUACACACUCCAAUCCACAGCUCUAUUUACUUCAACUGAAUGUAUAAACAGAAAACAAUGCUUUAAUAUGUUAAGAUGCCAACAUGCAAAGAUUGUAAUUUUUACUUCUACAGUUUAAGAGUUUGACUUUCACUCUUGAAAAUGUAUUGUAGCCAAACUGUUAAGCAAAACCUUUUUAAUAAGCAUAUUUGGAAAAACUGGAGAACAGCUCUUGUGAUCGUUAUUGGAGAACAUGCACUGUGCACAAAAUUACUGUUACAUAUUAUGGUUUCUUUGUCAAAUAACAGGGCUUCUCAGAUACUUCAGAUCAGCAUCAAGAUGUGAACUGUUUGCACAUCUCACACACUUGGAGUGUAAAAGUGUAAGGCUUCCUUACCCUGGCCUGUUGCCACUGUUCAUUAUUGUUAUUGUUCCUGAAUUGAAUAUUGCGUUAUUACCCUGCUAAUUAAAGGCUUGUUACUCAGGGCAAAAGGUGCUAAGCUUUCCUUAUGAUGAGACCCAUGGACCUGAUAUGAAUGGCAUUUAUGAAGAUGUAUACAAAAUGUUUUCAUGAUAAUUUCAAAUCAUAAUGAAAAAGGUAACUACAGCAUAUCUGGCAUUUUCUAACAAAGAGUGAAUGAAAAAAUUCUUGAAGCAAACUACACCUUAGUUGUUUUUCCUUCUUUUUCCUCCAACUUAGUUUAGCGUGUGUUGAAUUGUUGUUCAUUUUGUAGUUUUGGGGCAUACUACAAACUUCAUAGGGAUUUUUUUUCUCUCAUGGUAAGUAUUAAAUACUAUUGGUGUUUUUCCCAUGGUAGCCUACAGUAUAUUUUAAAGUGCUGUGUCUAAUAUAGAUUGUAAGGAGUUUUGUUUUGGUUUUUGUCUUCAUAAGUGAUUUCACUAUACAGUAAUGGAAACAGUCAAGGCAUUUGGUGAGAUAAUGGUGUCUGAAUCUUUUAUUUACUAAUCAGGUGCCAUACUUAUAUUUCAGUGAUUUCUGAAAUCAGAAAACUGUAUGAUAUUGCUCUCUCAUUUGGAUUUGUAAAAGUGGAUUUUAAACUAAAAUAUUGUUGUGGGCAUACCCCUCAUCCCCACUUUUUUGGGCAAUUUGUUGUUUUGCAAAUGUUUUCUUUGUACUUUCUUUGCUAGUGCUGAUGAAAGUACUGGUGAUGCAAAGGUCUGUAAAAUAAUAAUGCUACAAUGGUGACCUAAACACUGUAUACAUAUUAGAUGCUUUACGGCUGUUAAAUACUAGAUUGUUCAGGAUUUAAUGAAGAUAAAUAGAUUAAAUAAAGAAAAUUAAUGA